UUGACGCACGCGUGGAUGAAGUUGCUUCCCCCCUCAACACUCCGGUGUGUGGAGGCUGUUCCCGCAGACUCAAGUGCAGUUUGUGGUGGAAUAUUAACUUUAAAGUUCUCGUUAAGAGGAUAAAGGAUCGAGGGUUUCACUCUGGUGUCUCCAGAGAGCGGAGCUGAGCGGAGUGGGACGGACUUGUGGUGUAAUCCAGCAGCAGUGAAGAGCCACAGUCUCAUCAGCACAGAAAGAACCAUGGCCAAGAAACUAUGUGGGACCAACUACCCGACCAGCAUCUGCUUCAUAGUGGUGAAUGAGUUCUGUGAACGCUUCUCCUACUAUGGCAUGAAAGCCGUGCUGACGCUCUACUUCCUCACCUACCUCCACUGGGACAAAGACCUCUCCACCGCAGUCUACCACGCCUUCAGCAGCCUCUGCUACUUCACCCCCAUCCUGGGAGCGCUCAUCGCCGACUCCUGGCUCGGAAAAUUCAAGACCAUCAUCUACCUCUCCGUCGUCUAUGUGAUCGGUCAUGUGGUCAAGUCGGUCGGAGCCAUUCCCACUGUGGGAAACAGCAACGUGCACAUUGCUCUGUCCAUGGUCGGUCUGAUACUCAUCGCCUUCGGCACCGGGGGAAUCAAACCCUGCGUGGCAGCAUUUGGAGGCGACCAGUUUGACGAGGAGCACGUCAGCGAGAGACAGAAAUUCUUCUCCAUCUUCUACAUGUCGAUCAACGCUGGAAGCCUCCUGUCGACUGUGAUCACACCCAUACUGAGAGGGGAUGUGCAGUGUUUCGGUGGCGACUGCUACGCUCUGGCCUUCGGGGUUCCUGCAGCUCUGAUGGUCGUGGCUUUAGUUGUUUUCAUUGCUGGCAGCGGGCUGUACAAGAGGAAUCCUCCCCAGGGAAACAUCCUGUUGGAAGUCUGCAAUUGCAUUGGAUUUGCCAUCAAGAGCCGCUGGAGGAGCUCAAAGUACGAACCCAAGAGGAAUCACUGGCUGGACUGGGCUGAGGAGAAGUACUCGAAGCGUCUGAUCCAGGAGAUUAAGAUGGUGCUGCGGGUGUUGGUGCUUUACAUCCCGCUGCCCAUGUUCUGGGCUCUGUUCGAUCAGCAGGGUUCCCGCUGGACGCUUCAAGCCACGAGGAUGAACAUGGCUGUUGGAGGUUCCUUCGUUAUCAAGCCGGACCAAAUGCAGAUGAUGAACGCUCUGCUGAUUCUUCUCUUUGUGCCCAUCUUUGACCUCAUCAUCUAUCCGCUCAUCCGCCUCUGCAGAAUCCACCUCACGCCUCUAAAGAAAAUGGCUGCAGGGAUGGUUUUUGCAGCGCUGGCCUUCGGAGCGGCCACACUGGUGGAGGUGAACGUUGUGAAAACCGUGGUGGAUCCUGCACCUUCAGGGAAAUGUCUGGUGCAGGCCUUAAACCUGGCAGGAGGUGAUGUCGUGGUGGAUUUUCCUGGCAGCGACCUGUUUAAAGAGCCGAUCCCAUACCUGCAGGACCCUCCUCAAUAUGAAACACUUCCACUGGGGUCGUCCAGCAAAGAACUGGCGGUUCAAGUCACUUUGAAUGGAGAAACCUCGGUGUGUAACCAGACGUUUGAACAGCAGAAGACCUACACUCUCAUCAUCUACUCCCAAACUGCAGGAAUCCAGUGCAAACUUGUGAAUGACUCCAUUAAGAAAAAUGAAGAUGGGAAUCCCUUUCUGAGGUUUCUCAACACGCAGCCAGAAGCGAUGAACCUAACUGUUGGAGACGUGACUUUCCACGUGGCGCCCGGUUACAGCAUCACUCCGAACGAGACUGUGGAGCGGGGAGAAUACCCAUAUGUCAGCUGCAGCCUCCAGUCAGAGAGGUGCUCUGAGUUUGACCUGGGCCUCCUGGACUUCGGAGCUUCCUACACCGUCAUUCUCACUGAGGAAUCAGGUAAAAUCGUGGCCCACAGGGUGGAGGACGUGAGAGCCAACAACGUGAACAUUGCCUGGCAGAUCCCCCAGUAUGUGCUCAUAACAGCUGGAGAGGUCAUGUUCUCCAUUACUGGCCUGGAGUUCUCCUACUCACAGGCUCCUGCCAACAUGAAGUCAGUCCUCCAGGCCGGCUGGCUGCUCACCGUGGCGUUUGGGAACGUGAUAGUGCUGAUUGUGGCCGAGGGUGCGGGACUGGAACAGUGGAAGGAGUUCCUGCUGUUUGCCGGCCUGCUGUUGGGCGUCUGCAUCAUCUUCUCCAUCAUGUCCCACUUCUACACCUACGUUGACCCUGAUCAGGUGGAGAAGUUGUACCUGGACGAUUCAGGGAAGGAGGGAGACGACGACGAUGACAAGAUGAAGCAAAAAUCAAAUGACAUACACCUGAACAAGACGGGGAAGACCACCAAAUUAUAAUCGUGCCACAUAACAAAGGUGAAGUAUUUCAGAUUUAGACAAGCAGCCGUCGUGAGGUUGUAAGUUUCUUUCAGUUUCAAAUUUUCUUUCUUUUAUAUUCAUGUACUAUUGUUAAAAUGAUGCACUAAGAACUUUUCUUGUGUUUUAAAAGUUAAAUAUUUGUCAUUUAAUAUAUUUUGUGAAAACAUUAACACUCCACCAGUGUUUAAAAGAGGCAGUGUGUGGUUUCUCACACCAUGAUCAAUCGUGUUUUACAGAUCAGUGUCAGAUGUUAUAUGCUGUAUAUAUUCGUUGCAAACUAACACUAAUGUCUAAAUGUUGUAAUUUCUGUGUCGUAAAAUAAUGAUCACAACUUUUUACUGUGUUUGACAGAACACGUUGGAGAAAUGGUGAAGUUUACAUUGUGAACCUACAACAGCGAUAAUAAAGAACCAUAGUAACUAGUGGUUUUGCAUGGUACAAGCCAAUAAUGACAAAUUCAGCGUAUGGAACAUCACUGCAGAAGUUAAACACAGAAUCUAUUGAAAAACUACGUUUCACAAGAAAUCUUAGUUGAUCCCUCUGAGUUGACAUGAAACCAGGUAUUACCU